AUGGUGCCCGGGGCGCCCCUGACCCUCUGCCUCUGGCUGGCGGCCUCCGGGGGAUGCCUGGCGGCCGGCUCCGGCGCGACGGCCGCCCGGCGGCUGGACGAGUCGCUGUCGGCCGGGAGCGUCCAGCGCGCCCGCUGCGCCUCCAGGUGCCUCAGCCUGCAGAUCACGCGCAUCUCCGCCUUCUUCCAGCACUUCCAGAACAACGGUUCCCUGGUUUGGUGCCAGAAUCACAAGCAAUGUUCUAAGUGCCUGGAGCCCUGCAAGGUGUCCUGGGACCUGCGGAAGCAGCAGUGCCAGAGCUUCUGUGAGCCUCUGUUCCCCAAGAAGAACUAUGAGUGCCUGACCAGCUGUGAGUUCCUCAAGUACAUCCUGUCGGUAAAGCAGGGGGAUUGCCCAGCUCCCGAGAAGGCCAGCGGCUUUGCUGCUGCCUGUGUCGAAAGUUGUGAAGUGGACAGUGAAUGCUCUGGGGUUAAGAAGUGUUGUUCCAAUGGAUGUGGACACACCUGCCAGGUGCCCAAGACUCUGUACAAAGGUGUCCCCCUGAAGCCCAGGAAGGAGUUACGAUUCACAGAACUGCAGUCCGGGCAGCUGGAGAUUAAGUGGUCCUCCAAAUUCAAUAUUUCAAUUGAGCCUGUGAUCUACGUGGUACAAAGAAGAUGGAAUUAUGGAAUCCAUCCUAGUGAAGACGACGCAACGCAUUGGCAGACGGUAGCCCAGACCACGGAUGAGCGGGUCCAGCUGACCGACAUACGGCCCAGCAGGUGGUACCAGUUCCGCGUGGCAGCCGUGAACGUGCACGGGACCCGAGGCUUCACCGCCCCCAGCAAACACUUCCGCUCCUCCAAAGAUCCAUCUGCACCACCGGCCCCAGCCAACCUCCGGCUUGCAAACUCCACCAUCAACAGUGACGGAAGCGUGACUGUGACGAUCGUUUGGGAUCUCCCCGAGGAGCCAGACAUCCCAGUGCAUCACUACAAAGUCUUCUGGAGCUGGACGGUCAGCGGCAAGUCACUUGUGCCAACAAAGAAGAGAAGGACCACGGGUGGGUCUCAGAAUUCUGUGACCCUGGAGCCACUGCAGCCCGACUGCGACUACACAGUAGAGCUGCAGGCUGUCACCUACUGGGGCCAGACGCGCCUCAAGAGCACCAAGGUCUCCCUCCAGUUCACGUCCACACACGCCGUCCACAGCAAACAACUUGGGAAAACUAGAAAAAGUGUGAUGCAAAUACAGCCUCCAUUUCAAAGACGACGGCCCACUCACCUCCUGGGAAUCGGAGCUCCCUUCUAUCAAGACAACCAGCUGCAAGUGAAGGUGUACUGGAAAAAGACCGAAGAUCCCGGUGUCAGCCGGUAUCACGUGCAGUGGUUUCCGGAAGUCUGUGCCCACAACGAAUCCGCCGGGGCGGACCCAUCCUCGGGCGUGACCCAGGAAAAUUACAUGAUUCUUCAAGAUCUGGCAUUUUCCUGCAAAUAUAAGGUGACCGUCCAACCCACACGGCCAAAGGGCCGCUUGAAAGCAGAAACCGUUUUCUUUACGACCCCGCCGUGCUCCGCUCUGAAGGGCAAAAGCCACAAGCACGUCAGCUGCCCCGGCGACGCAGGUCACGUUCAUUCCAAAGUGCAAGCCAAACCCGAGAACCUGUCGGCCUCCUUUGUGGUCCAGGGCACGAACGUCACGGGGCGCUUCUCCUGGAAGCUGAGCAAGGCCACCGUCCAGCGGCCCGUGACCGGCUUCCACGUGACGUGGGCCGAGGUCACGACCGAGAGCAGGCAGAACGGCCUUCCCAACAGCCUCAUCCUGCAGUCCCAGAUCCUCCCGGCGGAUCGCUCCGUGCUCACGGUGCCAGGUCUGCGGCCGGCCACCCUCUACCGUCUGGAGGUGCAGGUGCUGACCGCGGGUGGGGAGGGACCCGCCACCAUCAGGACCUUCCGGACCCCCGACCUCCCACCCUCGGCUGCACACAGACCCCACCUGAAACACCGUCAUUCACACCAUUACAAGCCUCCUCCAGAAAGAUACUGA